ACUACAUCCCACGCUGGUAGGCAGAAGCUCUGCAACCACACGGUCACAGGACCACAGCUGCACUGAAACCAACACACCCUCAUGCAAGCGAAACAACACAUGAGACACACGGGAAGCACACCAGCAACGUCAUGGACUAAAAGAAAGAGGCGUGUCUCCUGGCUUCUUCCUGCUAUCCCCCACCAUCAUUACGUUAAAGGAGCGUCUAAGAAGCAUCUCUGCAGGACACUCCACUGACUGCUGUUGUUAUAUUUUUGACUUGAAGAUCCAGUUUUGAAUCAAGAAGAUAAUCUGGAGCAGCAAGAUUUACUUCUGACCACUGGAGCAAGAGGUGAGAUGGACAAGUCAGAGAUGUUUGGCUUCUCGCUGGAGGCGGACGACAGGACGGAGGAGGAGAAAGCGAGGCAGAAGGGUGGUGUGGCUUCUACCCAGGGUUCGGGCCACGAGUCGCCCAAGGCCCCCAUGGACACUGAUUACCAGGAGGAAAUGGAGGAGACCGGGCCUAAAAUUAGAUUCAAUCUCAACUUUGACAAAGGGAUUCGAGGUGAGAAGGUUGACAAGAGAGACAGCAAGUCGUUUACCAUCGAUAGGUUGUUUGAAGCGGUGGCCAGCGGGGACGUCAGAAGGCUGGACAAUCUGCAUCUGUACCUGCACCAGAACAUGAAGAAACUCUCCGACUCUCUGUAUCAGUCCUAUGGUAAAACCGCCCUGAUGAAGGCUCUGCUGCACCUCAGGGACGGCAAGAACGAGACGGUGGAGCUGUUGAUCGACAUUUCAGAGAGGAUGGGCGACCUUAAAAAGUUUGUGAACGCGGCCUACACCAACAGCUACUACGAAGGCCAGACAGCUCUCUUUAUAGCCAUUGAGAGGAGGAGUAUUUUCUACGUGAAGCUGCUGGUCAGUAAAGGAGCAGCCGUCGAUGCCAAAGCCUGCGGAACAUUCUUCCAACCACACGAUGGCCCCAACUUCUACUUUGGUGAGCUGCCUCUGUCUCUGGCAGCCUGCACCAACCAGCCCGACUUGGUGGACUUCCUCAUGCAGAACGAGUACCAUCGAGCGGACGCUAAGAUGACGGACUCUCACGGCAACACGGUGCUGCACGCCCUGGUGGUGGUGGCCGACAACUCUAAGGAUAACACAGAGUUCAUUACCAGCAUGUACGAUCGCAUCCUCAAGACCACCGCCCAACUGCACCCCAAGCUGAUGCUGGAAGACAUCGAGAACCACAAGGGGCUGACGCCUCUCAAGAUGGCUGCCAAGACCGGCAAGAUUGGGCUUUUUUCACACAUCCUGAAACGUGAAUUCCACGACAGCAGCACCAAACAUUUGUCCCGUAAAUUCACUGAGUGGGUUUACGGGCCCGUCCACAGCUCCCUGUACGACCUGGCCUCGGUGGACUCGUACGAGGACAACUCAGUCAUGGAGAUACUGGUCUACGGCAGCGACACUCCUAACCGCCACGAGAUGCUCCAGAUGGAGCCUCUGAGCCGGCUGCUGGAGGAGAAGUGGAAGAGGUUUGCAGGUCGAAUGUUUUUUCUCAACUUCCUGGUCUACCUCACGUACCUGAUCAUCUUCACCAUCGUAGCCUACAAUAAGAAAGCUGGACCGCCUCCAUUUGAACUCAAACACACCAAAAUGGAUUACCUGUAUGUUUCAGGCCAGCUAGUGACAGCGCUGGCAAACUGCUACUUCUUUCUCAUAGGGAUCCUAGACAUGAAGAGGAAACGGCCGAAGCUGCAGACGUUGCUGAUUGAUGGAUAUUAUGAGAUUCUUUUUUUUGUGCAGGGCGUCCUGUUCCUGGUCACAGCCGGGCUGUAUCUGUUCGGGAGUCACAAGUACCUCAACUUCCUGGUGCUGUGUCUGGCUCUCAGCUGGGUGAACAUACUCUACUUCUCCAGGGGCGACAGACACAUGGGCAUCUACAGCAUCAUGAUACAGAAGAUGUUCCUCAGUGAUAUCCUGCGCUUUCUCCUCGUCUACAUCGUCUUCCUCUUUGGAUUUUCAGCAGCGGUGGUCACCCUGCUCAUAGAGCCUCCUGUGAAGAACAUCACUGUAAUUAAUCGUACAGGGCGGUUCUAUGUUCCCAUUGCCCAUGAUGAGGAGUGUGUAAAACCCUCCUUCAGAAACAUCUCCUACACCACACUGCAGCUCUUCAAGUUCACCAUCGGCAUGGGCGACAUGGAGUUCACCCAGGACCACCAGAGCACGGAGAUCUUCUACGUGCUCCUCAUCGCGUACAUCAUUCUCACCUACAUCCUGCUGCUCAACAUGCUCAUCGCCCUCAUGAACCGCACCGUGGACAGGACCACAGAGGAGAGCGCCAGCAUCUGGAAGCUACAGAGGGCUAUCACCAUCCUGGAUAUGGAGAGAAGACUGCUUUGCUGUCUGAGGGGGAGGUUUCGCUGCGGGGAGGAGAAGAACCUCGGCACUGCUCUUGAAAAAGACUGCCGCCGGUGUUUCAGAGUGGAGGAAGUCAACUGGAACAAAUGGAACAUCAACCUGGGCAAAAUCAAUGAGGAUCCUGGGUGCUGGAUUCAAGGCCAACACUCUGCUUCGAGCCCCCCGCCGAACAGACCAAACAGAGGGAGGAGCUGGAGAAGCUGGCGGCAGCAGACACAUCAGUCCACAGAGAUGAGUCUUCUGAGCCCCACGCACGUCUAAAGAGACAACAGAGAGCUUCACUGUGGCUGCUCAGCCUGACUGACCCCAAGCAUCGAGGCAUUCAGACCUAAAGACAGUCUUCAGUUUCAGUUCCCCAAGAAGUGUAACUGUCAGAUGUGUGAACUGCCUUUCUGACUGACUGAUACUCCCUCAU